AAAAUAUAUAUUUAUUCAUUGUUAAUAUUUCCAGCAAAAGCAGUUUAUAUUUCUGGAACCGGUUCCUUAAACUUUCCUCUUUUCUCACUCAUGUCUGGGACUCAACUCCUUGCCGCUCACCUUCUUGCUCCUGACCUCAUGAGCUUCCUGCUCUCCUCAGUUUCUGCUCUCCUACCUAGAAUUAAUUGAACACAUGGGAUGAGCAGGGACAGCAUUGCCUCAAACCACUUUGAUGUAAGAGGAUAUCCUGAUCCCUGUAGAAAGGGUAAAGCAAAUGUCACUGUUACAUCUGUGAUCAUAAGCAGUUUUCACAAAGAGAUAAAAUGUUGAAACCUAACAAAUUAGUCUUUAAAACAAUUGAAUAAACUGUGCAGUUUCAAAGUCCUUUAAAGGCAAGAGAAUUGACUACAAACAUGCUUUUCUAACAGUUGAUAACAUGCAGGAUUGUUUGUUUCCCUUUAAGUCAGAGGAAGCCAAGGAGGGCACUGGUCUUUCAAAGUAUUUUACAGAGGAUUCCCUUGCAGAAAAUAUUUAAAAGUUUGAUGUUCAGUGGAAGAAAAGUAUAUUAACAGAUGCUGUGCCCUCACUCGAAUGGAGUCAUGGCUGAGAGCUGGGAGUACUUCUGUAAUGCCACUCACAUCUUUCAUGGCAUGCAGAUGUCCCUUCUUCCUGCCCCACAGUGCUUUUUCUGCUCUACCAGCGCAGAAUGCACGUGGCCACUUUACUUGGCUAUUAUUGUAUUUCCCAUGUUGUCUUUCCUAUGUGGCCAAACUUUCCUACAGUCCUCCUUAUUAGAAGCGUUUUCAACGAUCUCAAGCUGCUGAACACAAACCACUGUCCUUGUCUGGUUGAGUGUGAUCCCAUCCAGAGUGCACAGGCAGCAGAGUACACCUAGGGCUUGUGCUUAGCCCCCCUCCAGUGCUUGGGCCUGUACCUCCAAGCUAGUCUGUUUGGUCCUAAAUACACCAGCAGGCUCGAGCUGCCCUGAACAGCCACACCUCAGGCUUCUACCUCCUGCCUGCUGGCCCUGGGCAUGUAUUUAAGCUCAGGUCCUCAUCCUUGCUCCUUGCUUAAGCCAUGUUGUGUAUAUGCUGUGUCUUGCUUGUCUUUGAGACUUCCUGGCUUGAUCUUGGCCCUGUCUCAUGACUACAGACUGGCACUCUCGUGCUCACUGGACUGUUGGCUGACCCUGCUAGGGUCACUUGACCUGCUUCUUUUUUGUUUGGGUACUGCAGGACCUUGUCCUUGCCUGUGAGGUUACAGCUCCUGCUUGCCCUGCCCUCACCCUCAGCUCCUGGCAUGCCUCCCCUGACAGAGCAGCCUGCUUGUCUGUUCCCUGACACCCAUUUGCUUUCUACUCGUGCACCUUGUCACAGAGCUACCUGACAGCUUGCAUCUGCUCAGCAAUUAACCCUUGUAACCUGCUCCAUUUUCUGUGACCGCUUCAGUGCAGCACAGGGAAGCAGCACAGCAAGUGCCUGCUCCCUCAGACAUGAUGCUGCCUGGACAGUGGAGCACACGGGGCUUUAGUUAACCUCUGCUGGCUGCCACCCGCAACUGUGACUGCAGCUUCUGUCUACAGCUGAACCUACGCUGGCGCCAAGACCUUGAAGUUCCCCUUCACAGGAUCCGCAGAAAAGCAUGGAAGAUGAAAUUAAAUCAGUUCUGCAGGAGCGGAUAAUGAUUUUGGAUGGAGGCAUGGGUACCAUGAUCCAGCAACAUGCCCUGUCAGAGGAAGAUUUCCGAGGGCAUGAAUUUAAAGACCAUUCCAAGCCUUUGAAAGGCAAUAACGACCUUCUCAGCAUAACUCGGCCUGAUAUAAUCUGUGACAUACACAAGGAAUACUUGCUGUCAGGUGCUGACAUCAUUGAAACGAACACUUUCAGCAGCACCCGAGUUGCACAAGCUGACUAUGGCCUUGAGCAUUUGGCAUAUCGAUUAAACAGAGUCUCUGCACAGGUGGCCAGAAAAGCAGCAGAUGAUGUCACUGCUCAGACAGGAAUUAGGCGAUAUGUUGCUGGAGCCAUGGGGCCAACAAACAGGACGCUUUCUGUGUCACCCUCUGUGGAGAGACCAGAUUACAGGAACAUAACUUUUGAUGAACUGGUUGAAGCCUAUACGGAACAAGCCAAAGGACUGCUGGAUGGAGGAGUCGAUAUCAUGUUAGUAGAAACCAUAUUUGAUACAGCCAAUGCCAAGGCAGCUCUUUUUGCACUCCACAAGUUGUUUGAGGAAGAAUACGCUCCCCGACCCAUAUUUGUUUCUGGAACCAUUGUAGAUAAGAGUGGGCGCACCCUUUCAGGCCAGACAGGAGAGGCAUUUGUCAUUAGUAUUUCCCACAGUAAGCCACUUUGCAUCGGCUUAAAUUGUGCUUUAGGAGCAGUUGAAAUGCGACCAUUCAUUGAAACAAUUGGAAAAUGUACAGAAGCCUACAUCAUCUGUUACCCUAAUGCAGGUCUUCCCAAUACUUUUGGUGGUUAUGAUGAAACUCCAGAAGUGACUGCCAAGCAUAUAAAGAGUUUUGCACUGGAUGGUUUGGUCAACAUAGUUGGAGGUUGUUGUGGUACUACACCAGCACAUAUCAGGAAGAUUGCUGAAGCUGUGAGAUCGUGUAAGCCUCGUGUUCCACCUUCUCUCUCUCAAGGAUAUAUGCUGCUGUCAGGUCUGGAGCCAUUCAGGAUUGGGCCAUAUACCAACUUCGUUAAUAUCGGUGAACGCUGUAAUGUUGCAGGAUCACGGAAGUUUGCUAAACUCAUCAUGGCAGGCAACUAUGAAGAAGCCCUGAGUGUAGCCAAAAUGCAAGUUGAGAUGGGGGCCCAGAUUCUCGACAUCAAUAUGGAUGAUGGGAUGCUGGAUGGUCCUGCUGCAAUGACCAGAUUUUGUAACUUGAUCUCUUCAGAACCUGAUAUUGCAAAGGUGCCGUUAUGCAUUGAUUCCUCAAAUUUUUCAGUGAUUGAAGCAGGUUUGAAGUGUUGCCAAGGAAAAUGCAUUGUAAACAGCAUCAGUCUGAAGGAAGGUGAAGAAGACUUUCUGGAGAAAGCAAGGAAAAUUAAGUUGUAUGGAGCAGCUGUGGUUGUCAUGGCUUUUGAUGAAGUGGGUCAGGCAACAGAAACAGAAACCAAGAUUGCAAUCUGUUCCAGAGCUUACUACCUACUUGUGGAAAAAGUGUGCUUCAAUCCAAAUGAUAUCAUAUUCGACCCUAAUAUUUUGACCAUAGGGACUGGAAUGGAAGAACAUAACCUAUAUGCUAUGAAUUUUAUCAAUGCUACUAAAGUCAUAAAAGAAACACUGCCAGGAGCUAAGAUAAGCGGAGGUCUUUCCAAUCUGUCUUUCUCCUUUCGAGGAAUGGAUGCCAUUCGUGAAGCAAUGCAUGGAGUGUUCCUUUACCAUGCAAUUAAGUAUGGCAUGGACAUGGGAAUUGUGAAUGCUGGGAAUCUGCCAGUAUAUGAUGAUAUCCACAAGGAAUUGCUACAGCUAUGUGAGAAUCUAAUCUGGAACAAAGAUCCUGAUGCUACAGAGAAACUUUUACAUUAUGCUCAGAAUCAUGCCCAAGGAGGAAAGAAAGUGGUACAUACUGAUGAAUGGCGGAAAAGCUCCGUGGAGGAAAGGCUGGAAUAUGCUCUCAUAAAGGGCAUUGAGAAGUAUGUCACCACAGAUACAGAAGAAGCGAGAUUAAAUCAGGAGAAAUAUCCUAGGCCUCUAAAUAUAAUUGAAGGACCUUUGAUGAAUGGCAUGAAAAUUGUUGGUGAUCUUUUUGGUGCUGGGAAGAUGUUUCUACCUCAGGUGAUAAAAUCUGCUCGAGUUAUGAAGAAAGCAGUUGGCCACCUUAUUCCCUAUAUGGAAAAAGAAAGAGAGGAAAGGAGAGCUGAACAGGGCAGCACAGAAGAAGAGGAUCCUUACAGUGGUACAAUAGUACUAGCAACUGUGAAAGGUGAUGUGCAUGAUAUUGGCAAGAACAUUGUGGGAGUUGUUCUGGGCUGCAACAACUUCAGAGUUAUUGAUUUAGGAGUCAUGACUCCAUGUGAUAAGAUAUUGAGAGCUGCUGUUGAGAACAAAGCAGAUAUAAUUGGCCUGUCUGGUCUCAUCACCCCUUCUUUGGAUGAAAUGAUUUUUGUCGCCAAGGAAAUGGAGAGAUUGGCAAUAAAGAUUCCUUUGCUGAUUGGAGGAGCAACUACUUCUAAAACACACACAGCUGUUAAAAUUGCCCCCCGAUAUAGUGCACCUGUAAUUCAUGUCCUGGAUGCAUCCAAGAGUGUUGUGGUUUGCUCUCAGCUCUUAGAUGAAAGUGUAAAGGAUGAUUUCUUCGAAGAAAUAUUAGAGGAAUAUGAAGAAAUUAGACAAGAACACUAUGAGUCUCUCAAGGAAAGAAGAUAUUUGUCCCUACAGCAAGCUAGGAGAAAAGGUUUCCAUAAUGACUGGUUAUCAGGACAUAAGCCAGUUAAACCAAAAUUCAUCGGUACAAAAGUCUUUGAAGAUUAUGACCUGAAGAGGCUAGUAGAAUACAUUGACUGGAAGCCUUUCUUUGAUGUCUGGCAACUUAGGGGAAAGUAUCCCAACCGGGGUUUCCCUAAAAUCUUUAAUGAUAAAACUGUAGGUGAAGAAGCAAAGAGAGUUUAUAACGAUGCUCAAAAUCUGCUGAAAAUGUUGAUCAAUCAAAAGAAAUUACAAGCCAGGGGUGUGGUUGGGUUCUGGCCUGCUCAAAGUGUUCAAGAUGAUAUCUAUUUAUAUGCUGUAGAAGAGGCAGUGGGAUCUUCGGAACCGAUAGCAAAAUUUCAUGGCCUGAGGCAACAGGCUGAAAAAGACUCUACCUGCACAGAUCCAUAUUACUGUCUUUCUGACUUCAUAGCACCGCUGGAUUCUGGCAUUUGUGACUACUUAGGCCUGUUUGCUGUGGCCUGCUUUGGUGUAGAUGAGUUAUGCAAUGAAUAUAGGAAACAGGAUGACGAGUACAACAUCAUAAUGGUAAAGGCACUUGGAGAUCGGUUGGCAGAGGCAUUUGCUGAGGAGCUCCAUGAAAGGGUUCGAAAGGAAUUUUGGGCUUACUGUAGUGCCGAGCAGCUAGAUCUCUGUGAGCUACGCAGAAUUAAAUAUGAGGGAAUUCGCCCUGCUCCUGGAUAUCCAAGCCAGCCUGACCAUACAGAAAAACUGACCAUGUGGAAACUUGCUAACAUAAAGGAUACAACAGGAAUUGGUUUAACUGAAUCACUAGCAAUGACACCUGCUUCUGCAGUUUCUGGCCUCUACUUUUCCAAUCCCAAAUCCAAAUAUUUUGCUGUUGGCAAGAUAUGUAAAGAUCAGGUUGAAGAUUAUGCACUGAGAAAAAAGUUGUCCGUGGCAGAGGUGGAGAAAUGGCUGGGACCCAUUUUGGGAUAUGAUACUGAAUAACUGUGGGAGACAUGGGCAAGCAUUUUCUUUUAAUGGUCCAUUUGCUAGAAGGAAAAAUGAAGUGGCGCAUCUAUUAUCUUUCAUUGCCGCCCUUAGUAUUUGUUGGUAAUGAUUUGUUUUGGCACUGGUCUGAUCAAAAAAGAAAAAAGAAAAAGAUCUCAGACCAACAAACCAAACAAAUUAAAAUCCAACAAGAAAAUCCUUCCUACUGAGAGGUUUUCUGCCAUCAGGUAUUUAAUCUGAUUGUUUCUAAUUUUUGAUCAAGGAAUAUAUAUUUCAGAUGUGCCAUGUACUUGGGACCACAAAUGCAUUGCAGGUCUCUUAAUCAUAGCAAUAUGCUUUUAUUUGUAUUUUUUGCACAAAUACUCCAGCUGAGCAACGAGUUGUAGGGUGAGAUGUGGAAGUUGCACACCCCUCCUAUCCUUGGGAAGGCUUUGAAAUUAGGGCCUGGCAUUUGUCCUAUUGGCUGUGGACAUGUUGAACAGAGUUUGUCUUCUGUUGUUUGAAUGUGUUUUAGCAAGUCAAGGUCAUACAGAAAUAUGAUGCAAUUUUUUUCUAUGAAGUCAGCAAAAAUUUUAAACUGAGUGACCAAGAACAAUAAAUGUACAAACAGAUCUCCUUUUUUUUUAAAAAAAAAAAAAAAAAUAAAAAAAAAACAUCUGUCUGCUCCAUAUUUGGGGCUUGUACGUGAUGUUUUUCUAUCUAAAUAAUAACUCAGGUCUUUAAUUUACUAUGUGAUGAUGACUGUAGUUAAAAACUAUCAAAAGAUAUAAUGUGGUGGAACAAUAUCAGAGAUGCUGUAUUAUGAUAAAACACAAAUGAGAUGUGUCCCCCUAGAAAACUCAUGCUUACUUUCAUCUGGCUACAGUCCAUUUCUACUCUGUGUAAAGUGUAAUGAUACCUUCCUUCCUCAUUGUUUUGUUGUGAGGAUUAAUUCGUAUUUAAACUUUUGUAUGUGAAAAAUAUGACAGAAGCACAGCUGCUACUAUUAACAGAGAGACAAAAAGCUUGGAGCUAACCAUUGUAGAAACUUUAAGCUUCUGUGUACCUGGAUUUUAAAAACAAGUAAUAGCAACACUACCAUCAAUAACAGUUAAUACGGUAGGUUUAUUUUUCAAAUCUAAGUGAGCUAAUUGUUCAUAGCUGUUCAUAAUCCCCUAAAAGUGCCUCAGGUAUUAUUUAAAAGCAAAUUUCAUGAAAUAUUAUGUCAGGAAAAUACAGUUUUUCUGGUCUCUAAUUGUAAAGAAAAGACCAAUGUGCUAUCUGUAAUCCAUUAAUAGUUACAUAAUUUUUGUAAUGUCAUCUGACUUUAUGCUAAAAGAAUUAUCUUGUAUCAACAGUUUAAUAAAAGUUAAGCUGUCA